CCACUGAGGCUCAGAGAGGGGCAUAUGUUGCCUCCUCUGGUCAGUGAGAGAUCUGGGUUCCUGCUCUGGCACCUCCUCUCCUCCUGCAUCCUGCCCACACUGUGCCCUCCCAACCUGGCCGUGGGGUGGGGUGGGACAGACAGGGUCACGUGGAGUAGUGUUCAGCCGGAGGAAGCCAGGCAGUGUGCAGACGGCUGUUGCCUCUCGGGCUGAUCAGGAAAUCAAGGAGAAUCCCCACCAUGGAACCACUAGCAAGAAGCCAGUCCUCCAAAACCCAGCAAGCAGCCCAAACUCCGCUAACCUCCUAUCGCUGGCACACAGGAGGUGGUGGAGAGAAGGGAGGUGGAGGGUUCCACUGGGGCCGCCUUGCCAGCUGGGGGAGGGCACUGAGCCACCAGGAGCCGAUGGUCAGCGGCCAACCUGCCCGUCGCUCGCUGUUCCGUCGUGUCAGCUCUGCGCCCCCCAAGGAGUCUCGCAGGAACCACCUCAGAUUAUCCAAGACCCUCUGGGGGAGGCAUAAGAGCCCAUCACUGGAGGCAGAGCCGGAGCCAGAAGCCUCAGAGCCCGAGCCAGAGCCGGAGCCCCCAACCCCACAGAUCCCUGAGGCGCCCCCACCCGAUGUGCCUGUCUGGAACAUCGAAGCCUUCACUCUGCUCGAUGGGAGGCUGGUGCUGCUUGGGGGUGAGGAAGAGGGUCCUCGCCAGUCCAGGAUGGGGAGCGCCAGCUCUGAGAGCAGCAUCCAGGUGGCCAUGGGGAACCUCAGGGAGGCAGAUCGGGUCGCUGGAAAGACUGAGCCGGAAGCUGCUGGCUCCAACCAGGUCCACAACGUCCGGGGGUUGCUCAAACGGCUGAAAGAAAAGAAGAGGGCCAGGUCAGAGCUGGGAGCCAGUGCCUCUCGGGAUGGACCCCCCAGUGCUCUGGGUUCUCGGGAAUCGCUGGCCACACUCUCUGAACUGGACCUGGGUGCCCAGCAGAAUGUGCGGGUUUGGCCAUUGCACCACAGCCUCCUGGAUGAGCCCCACUGCUUCCAGGUAACCUGGGUAGGCGGGAGCCGCUGCUUCUCUUGUCGCUCGGCUGCUGAGAGAGACCGCUGGAUCGAGGACCUUCGUCGCCACUUCCAGCCCAGCCAGGACAACGUGGAGCGCGAAGAGACGUGGCUGAGCGUGUGGGUGCACGAAGUGAAGGGGGCAUUGGUGACAGACCUGGGAACUGCGGAGUUGGCACGCAGUGGAGGCCGUGAGGCGCUGCUGUUCCGGGAAAAUACAUUGGCCACUAAGGCCAUCGAUGAGUACAUGAAGCUGGUGGCACAGGACUACCUCCAAGAGACGCUGGGGCAGGUCCUGCGGCGAAUCUGUGCCUCCACUGAGGACUGUGAGGUGGACCCCAGCAAGUGCCCAGCCUCAGAGCUGCCCCAGCACCAAGCCAGACUGCAAAGCAGCUGUGAGGAGGUCUUCGAGAACAUCAUCCGCUCAUAUGACUGGUUCCCAGCAGAACUGGGCACCGUGUUUUCAGACUGGCGAGAAGCAUGCAAGGCACGAGGCUCCGAGGCACUGGGCCCCCGGCUGGUGUGUGCCUCUCUCUUCCUGCGGCUCCUGUGUCCGGCCAUCUUGGCACCCAGCCUCUUUGGCCUGGCACCACAGCACCCGGCACCUGCCCCGGCCCGCACCCUCACAUUGAUUGCCAAGGUCAUCCAGAACCUUGCCAACCGAGCCCCGUUUGGUGAGAAGGAAGCCUACAUGGGCUUUAUGAGUAGCUUCCUGGAGAAUCAUGGGCCUGCCAUGCAACGCUUCCUGGACCAAGUGGCCAUGGUGGAUGUGGAUGCAGCACCCAGUGGUUACCAGGGCAGCAGUGACCUGGCCCUCCAGCUGGCGGUCCUGCAUGCCCAGCUCUGUACCAUCUUUGCUGAACUUGACCAGGCAACCCGUGACAGCCUGGAGCCCCUGCCCACCAUCCUGCAAGCCAUUGAGGAAGGCCGCCCUGUACCUGUAUCUGUGCCCAUGCGUCUCCCACCACCCCCAGCCCAGGUCUAUUCCAGCUUUUCCGCAGGGGAGAAGCCCGGCUUCCUGCCCCCUCGGGACCUCCCCAAGCACACCCCUCUCAUCUCCAAGAGCCAGUCCCUGCGCAGCGUUCAUGGCUCAGGAACUUGGCCCAAAGGCUCCCUACGCACCGGCCCCAAGCCCCGCGCCCGGCCCUGGACCGGGGCCUCGGCCUCGCUGCCUCGGAAGCCGUCAGUACCCUGGCAGCGCCAGCUGGACCAGCCGCGAGACACAGACCAGGCGCUGAGCACGCACCGACCCGUGGGCAAGCUGGCAGAGCUGCAGUGCGAGGUGGCCACCCUGCGCGAGGAACAGAAGGUGCUGUCCGGCCUCGUGGAGUCGCUGGGCACCCACAUCCGGUCCCUGACCGAGCAGCAGCAGCAGCUCCGCGGCCAGCUGCAAGACCUGGACGCCAGGCUCGGGGGAAGGACCUCGCAUUUGGAUCCAGAGCGCGACCCCCCAAGCAGUGAGGCCCACAAGCUGAAAACUCUGGAACGCCGCCUGGCUGAAAUGGAGAGCUCUCUAGCCCAGCUGAGGGAUGGCGUCCAGAGCCUGCAGCAUCUUCCCAGGACGUCGGGGUCCAGGAGCCAGCCCCUGCCUCUCAAAGAACUCUGCGUUAACGGAGACACCACCUGAGCUGCCCUCUCCACCCUACGUGGUCUGGAAGCAAAAAGAUACCUGUUUUAGGGGCCCUGCCUCAGCCCUACAUGGCCUACAGUGUGGAGUGGAGCUGUAGAUGGCAACCAGCCUGGCACUGUGAGGUUGCCCAGUAAAAUCUUGAUUUCAGUAAAAUUGAUGGUUUCUUUGUCCCUAAGUGUUGCCAAUCAGAAAGCACCCUCCCCAAUUCAGCUCUCCCCAAUCCUCCCCUAAUUGGAGGGCUCACAAAGGGGGAGACGUAAAGAGCUUCUCACCAGUUGUGUGACUUCAGACCUUCACUCUCUCAGAGCCUCAUUGUCCUCAUCGGUAAAUCGUAUCUAAAGGUCCUUACACAGUUUUUUUAAAAAAAAAAACCUGUAGUUUAAAGUAUUCAAAAAAAGGUAUUCAUCAUUUGUUAGGCCCAAGACCUACUUCUCAAUGAAGCCCAGAUCCCACCUCCACCAACCCCAAGCCCCGGAUGAGAGCAUCUUCUAUCCCAUACUAGCUCCCUCAUGGCAGGGAGAGCAUGGGUCUAGGAAGCAGAUGAAGGAAGGGGCGGGUAGAUGUGGAGAUAGUUGAGGUCUCUGGGUGUUGGUUGGAUAACUGAGUGAACAUUUGAAUUAUGGGUGAGGGGUAGGAUGGAUGAGAGGCAAAUGAAUAAGUUAGCAUUUGCUAGAUGUUUGUGCACUAGUAGGUGAGUAGUUAAGUUGGUUGGCUGGGAUGGGUAGGUCUGCCUAGAAAAGGCCCGUAUCGUACUAGGAAAUAAAUAUUUGAAUUUGA